AUGUCUGAUGAAGUUUUUAGCACAACUUUGGCAUAUACAAAGAGUCCAAAAGUCACCAAAAGAACUACUUUCCAGGAUGAGCUAAUAAAAGCAAUUACAGCUCGCUCAGCCAGACAGAGAAGUUCUGAAUACUCAGAUGACUUUGACAGUGAUGAGACUGUUUCCUUAGGUGAUUUUUCUGACACCUCAGUAGAUGAAAAUUCAAUUAAGAAAAAAACAAAUAAUUUUCACAUAUCAGAUGAUGAAGAAAACAGUUCUCCAAAACUGUCUUUUUUGAAAACCAAGAAAUCAAGCCAUGAUGUGAGGAAACAUGAGCCAGUAGUCUCUAUCAAAAACGAUGACACUGCACUUGAUGAUGGUGAAGGCAUAGUUGUAAAUUCCUUAUCUGAAUCUCAAAAUGAACAGCAGGAAGUUGGAAAAGAGAAAAUUAAAAUGGAAACUAAACCUAGAAUUCUUCCAAUCAAAAGUACACCUUCAGAAAAUAGCAGCAGCCUUGAAGCAGACAACCAUUUUAAGCCUUCACCUCGACCAAGGAGCAUGUUGAAAAAGCACAGCCAUGGGGAGAAGAAAGAUAGCUUAGGAGAUGAUAAAGAAACUGUCCCACACAAAGAAUUAGAGGCACAUUCCACACCUUCGUUCCUCCCAAGGCUGAAUGGCAGACAACCAGAAGCUGAGAAGAAUGCAUUCUCUGAAAACCUUGAUCCUGAGGAUCCAUGGUUAACAAGUAUACCAUCAUCAUCUGUUAAAGAAAAUCUUAAAGAUUCCUUUUCACUAGGAUCUGAGGAAAAAGCCUCCAUUACAGGUGAUUAUAUCAAAAAUGAAGAAUGCACUGAAAGCCAUAAUUCCUUGAAAUCAACCAAAAAUGAAAAGACCUCAUUUUUGAUAGACUUUGUCACUACUGCACUUGAGAAACCCAAGGAAAGUCAAGUGACUGUUGGUGACGUUGAAGAAGAAAAGGAGAAAGCUGAACUGAUUAUGCAUGAUGGCUUAACAGCUGAAGAGCCACCACUACUACAACUUCAGAGUAUCUUAUGUACUGAGUCUUCAAAGAAAGCAAUUCAAGAUAGAACUAUGAAGAAUAAAAAAUCAACAAAUAAUAGAGCAUCUAGUGCAUCUGGCAGAUUAAUGACCUCUGAGUUCUUAAAGAAGCCUAGUUCUCUAAGGAGGACUCCGUUGACAGCUCCAGCUUCUCACUAUUUAGGGACUUUGAGAAUCUUGGACCAAAAGCCCUCACAGAAACAGAAUACAGAACCUGACAGAGCAGAUAACCUAAGGGCAACUGUUUAUCAGGAGUGGUUAGAAAAGAAAAAUAUUUAUUUACAUGAAAUGCACAGAAUUAAAAGAAUUGAAAGUGAAAACUUAAGGAUUGAAAAUGAACAGAAAAGAGCUGCUAAGAGAGAAGAAGCCUUAGCAUCAUUUGAGGCUUGGAAAGCCAUGAAAGAAAAGGAAGCAAAGAAGAUAGCUGCAAAAAAAAGGCUUGAGGAAAAAAACAAGAAGAAAACCGAAGAAGAAAAUGCUAUGAGAAAAGGAGAAGCACUGCAAGCUUUUGAAAAAUGGAAAGCAAAAAAGAUGGAAUACCUUAAGGAGAAAAAUAAAAAAGAGAAAGAAUAUGAAAGAGCAAAGAAACAGAAAGAGGAGGAAACUGUUGCUGAGAAAAGAAAAGAUAACUUAACUGCUGUUGAAAAAUGGAAUGAAAAAAAGGAAGUUUUUUUCAAGGAAAAGGAAAAAGUAAAAAUACAUGAGAAAAGACAAGAAGAACUGAAAAGAGCUGAGAAAAAAGAAAAAGAUAAACAAGCUCUUGAGGAAUAUGAAAAAUGGCUGGAAAAAAAAGAAAGGAAGGAAAGAAUUGAACGAAAACAAAAGAAACGCCAUCCCUUUCUUGAAAAUGAGGCACUUCCUCCAUGGAACCCUCCAAGCAGAAUUGUGUUCUCAAAAGUGUUUUGA